AUGUUUGGUGGCAUUGGAGAGCCAAGAAAAAUCCCCUGCGUGUCCUGCUUUGAGUCGGAUAGCGAGUGUGUGCUGGCUGAGUCCCGCCGGGGUGGGAACUUUCGGACGUAUGAGCCGACCAAGAAACCCACAAGGAGUCACAAGGCUUCACAACGCACUUCAGGCACGUCGCCGAGAGUGACCAGGUCAACUGAAAAGGAAGUGGAUCGCAGCCUUGACGGCUUAAACGAGGAUGUCAUUGAUGAGCAGCUUGCUUCCGAGCUUAGGAAUCCCUCCGAUGCGCUGCAUAUACUUGCCCAAUCGGAGAAAUCUAAAGCAAGUGGAUCGCCUGUAUUGCCAAACGAGGAGGAGCGCGACGGUCUCUUACGUGGGCCAUCGACUGUUGUAUCUGUUGACGAGUAUGAGCUAGUUCAGAGGGGACUAGUUCAUCAUAAUAACAUAUCCGAGUUACUACACCUGUACUCCCAUAACUAUCACUCUUACUGUCCCAUUGUGCCAGGGUACAUGCUUGGACAAUCUGGUAUUGACAAGAUUCGCACGUCGGAUUUCUUCCUUCUCACAGUCAUCUUGACGAUUGCCUCUAGAGACUCAUCAAAUCAUUCCCUUAUUCACCGAUAUUGUUGGGAUUACACCCAGAAGUUGUUGCUUGAGGUGCUGCUUGGGUAUCCUUGGACACUGAAAUCCCGAACAGUUGAGAGUUUAUUGCUCUUAUCAGAAUGGCUUCCCCAUAUUGAACUUACCCAAUCCGUCUCAAACGAAAGUAAAAGCAUGUUCAUUGAAGAUAGAACGUCAUGGUCACUCGUUGGGCUAGCUGUCAGACAAGCUUACUUGAUGCGACUGGAUCAAGGUGCCUUUCCCAAUGUUGUUACACAGGAGACAAAAGAACAAGCGGAGCACAAGCGUUUAAUAUGGACAUUUGUCUACAUCGCGGAUCGGCAAAUAUCUGUUCGUCUAGGCCAGUCUUUUUGGUCCCGCGGUCCAUCUCUUUCAACACGCUUGACCGCGAAAGACUUUCCCAGCUUACAGCCUGGCUCCAAUAGUAGCCAAGAAGAUUAUGCGUCUGCUCACCAAGCAACGAUGGAGCUGACACAGCUCAUGCAUAACGCUCAAGCCAUUCUGUACUCCUCGCCGAAGCGGACUUUGGCGAUGGUCCACGAUGGAGAUUACAGUCGCUAUCUCGAUGACUUUCAGCGCGCAUCAAUGAAUUGGCAUGCCACUUGGAGCGAUCUUGCAGUAUCUGCCAGAGUGAAGCGUUCUUUGUCUUUGGUAUAUGAGUACCUGUGCCUUUAUGUUAACGCAUUCUCAUUCCAAGCCGUUCUCACCAGGAUGUCGGCACAAAACCCUUCCUUGAAACCUUCUUUCAGGCCAUUCAUUAAUGGCAUCAUGAAUUCUUCCGACGGGCGAUACGUUUGGGAUGCUAUUACAGCGGCCAUAAAUACCCUGAAGCUGAUGACUGAUUUCCAUCCCCAACAUGAGCUAUGUUAUUUACCAUAUCGCUACUACUUAUAUGGUGUGUAUGCAGCGGUCUUUCUGCAUAGAGCUGAUUGUGCUGGAGCUUUCCAACCUGCACGGCGCCGUCAAGAGACCACAUCGUUAGUUCUCAAGUUCAUAUCAGUGUUAGAUGGUGCUGCAUCGGAUAAGUUUCACAUCAGCCACAGGUACAGUCAGUUGCUUAGGAAUCUAUGGCAGAAAGGGGAACGAAAGUUUGGCAAAGCCAGAGACGCCCUAGCUACUUCUACAUCGACAAUCCAAGCAGGGACUGCGCAGCAGCAGGAAAAGCCAGACUUCAACCCAACCACUCUAUAUUCGCUAGAUCAUCCUCACGGACACCAUGGUAUGGACAAUUUAGCUGACACCAAUUUACCAAUUGACCAAAUUCCAACUGUGAGCCAAGAACUUCCCGACUUUUCGCCAAUGGAGGACUAUCCCUUUGGACCCUUUAUCAGUAUACCAGAUUUUGAGUUAGGAGAUUUUGGAAAUCCCAUCAGUGAUAUGUCGCUUCCGUCGCUAAAUUGGGGAGCAGGUCUUGUUGGAAUGGAUCCUAUUGGGCAAUAA